AUGGCAACGGGAAUGCCCCCUUCCUGUCCAGGAACAUGGAGUGGCUGCAGGGUGGCCACAGCUGUCAGUGAGUCAUCAUCCAUCCACAGUGAUGCCCUGUUCGACCCGGGGCCUGGUCUGGACCGGGACAUCUCUCUGGGCUCUACAGGGCCUGGUCUGGGUCUGGACCGGGACAUCUAUCUGGGCUCUACAGGUCCUGGUCUGGACCGGGACAUCUCUCUGGGCUCUACAGGGCCUGGUCUGGACCGGGACAUCUCUCUGGGCUCUACAGGGCCUGGUCUGGGUCGGGACAUCUAUCUGGGCUCUACAGGUCCUGGUCUGGGUCGGGACAUCUCUCUGGGCUCUACAGGUCCUGGUCUGGACCGGGACAUCUCUCUGGGCUCUACAGGGCCUGGUCUGGGUCUGGACAUAGACUCCCUACAGGAGCGGACACACACACGCUACAGAAUGCAUCAUCAAUACGGCAGCCAAGACAAGAUUCCGGGUGGGGGCGUUGGUCCAGCGGCCCCCCAGGAUGGCCAAAGGUCUUGUCAGUUCUUCUCCGACGGCCGGAGGAAAGUGGACUAUGUUCUGGUUUUCUACCAACGCAAACAGAUCUCUGUGAGGGGCGGCGACCGUCUGCACCGUCUCUCCGCCCCUCCACACCCUCCUCAUCGCCUCUCCGUCGUCUCCAACGGUAGCUCCCCCCCCUCCGGCCCCGUGGGGGGUUUGGGAUGUGUUGCCGGGCAGCGGAGUGCGGGGGACGGGGAGGUGUGUGUGGACCUGGGCGUGGCCGUGGAAUUAGAGGCGAACCCAGCUGACGGAGAGAUGGUGCUGAUCAGGGAGGAGUUUGAGGCCAGGCUACUGGAGGCGGGGCUUGAGAUGGAGAGAGACACAGAGGUCAGGGUCUACGGGCCCAGCUUCACGAGACUCCAUGUCCCCUGGCCGGUCCUGAGCAGAGAGGCAGAGUUCCUCAAGAUCAAAGUCCCCACUAAGAAGAGCUAUGAUCUGAAGCAGGAGCAUGGGUUCAGUGCCAGCCUCAGUGAGUUCUGGAGGAAGGUGAACCAGCCAUUCCAGCCCAACAUCCCCCAGCCAGGCCACAGCACCACCAAGCAGCUCUCUCACUGCUUCUCCAGGGACAAACUACACUUAUUUAACAUCUCCUCUAAAGAUACCUUCUUUGACAACGCAACACGCAGUCGAAUAGUGUACGAGAUCCUGAGACGGACCCCUUGCACACGCACCUGCCAAUCUAUGGGCAUCACCACGUUAAUAGCUAAAGGUGUCUAUGACUCUGCCUUCCCUCUCCACGAUGGGGAUUAUAAGGUCGUGGGUCGCUCGGAGAGGAACGACAGACAGCUGCUGCAUGAUGAGUGGGCCAGAUAUGGAGCCUUCUACAAAUACCAACCUGUGGACCUCAUCAGGAAGUACUUUGGAGAGAAGAUCGGUCUGUACUUCGCCUGGCUGGGCGUCUACACCCAGCUGCUCAUACCGGCCUCUCUGGUCGGGAUUAUUGUCUUCUGCUACGGCUGUUACACUGUGGAUAUGGACGUACCCAGCCUGGAGAUGUGUGAUGAGCAGCAGAACUUCACCAUGUGUCCUCUGUGUGACGGAGUGUGUGACUACUGGCACCUGUCCACCGCCUGCGGCACGGCCCGCGCCUCGCACCUGUUCGACAACCCUGCUACUGUAUUCUUCGCCAUCUUCAUGUCCCUCUGGGUGGCGACGUUCCUGGAGCACUGGAAGCGUCGGCAGAUCAGUUUGAACCACAGCUGGGACCUCACAGGACUAGAGGAAGAGGAGGACCACCCGAGGCCCAAGUAUGAAACCGUCCUGCUCCAGAAGAGACAGAUGAUGAGGAACAAGGAGAAGAAGAAUGACAAGAAGAAGAAGAGGAAGAUAGAGGAGGACGUGGCGGCAGGGAAAGACAGGUGGAGACAGAGGUUACUGUCUGCUAUGAACACUGGGACAUCGACAGGUGUGGAGAAGCUGACCUGGAGGGACCGUCUCCCUGGAUACCUCAUUAACAUCUCCUCCAUCCUCUUUAUGUUCGGUCUGACGUUCUCCGCGGUUUUCGGCGUGAUCGUUUAUCGUAUCGUCGUAUCCGCCCUGAUGGCGAUGUCACCUGACCCGGAGAUCAAGUCUAACGUCCGCGUUACCGUGACGGCGACCGCCGUCAUCAUCAACCUGGUGGUCAUCCUGAUCCUGGACGAGAUCUACGGGGCCGUGGCCGUCUGGCUCACGGAGCUGGAGAUCCCCAGGACAGAGAGUAGCUUUGAGCAGCAUCUGAUUCUGAAGGUCUUCCUACUGAAGUUCAUGAAUGCCUACGCCCCCAUCUUCUAUGUAGCUUUCUUUAAGGGACGGUUUGCGGGCAGGCCAGGAGACUAUGUCUAUGUUUUUAAUGACUACCGGAUGGAGGAGUGUGCUCCUGGAGGAUGUUUAAUAGAGUUAUGUAUUCAGCUCAGCAUCAUCAUGGUGGGGAAGCAACUCAUUCAGAACAACGUGUUUGAGAUCGGCAUCCCUAAGUUGAAGAAGUUGAUCCGAGCAUGGAAGGAUAAGGGCAUUUCAUUGGAGGAGAGAGAGGAGCAGCGAGCCAGACCUCCUCAACAGUGGAACCUCGACUACACCCUGGUCCCCUUCGAAGGACUGACCCCCGAGUACAUGGAGAUGAUUAUCCAGUUUGGUUUUGUGUCUCUGUUUGUGGCGUCGUUCCCUCUGGCUCCUCUCUUCGCUCUCCUCAACAACGUCAUCGAGAUCCGCCUCGAUGCCAAGAAGUUCGUCACCGAGCUGCGACGACCGGACGCUGUCCAAGCCAAAGACAUCGGAAUCUGGUACAACAUCCUGAGUGGAAUGGGAAAGUUCUCUGUCAUUAUCAAUGCGUUCGUGAUCUCGUUUACCUCAGACUUCAUUCCCAGGCUGGUGUACCAGUACAUGUACAGUCAGACGGGCACCAUGCACGGCUUCAUAGACCACACCCUGUCUCACUUCAACGUGUCUAACUUCCGACCUGGCAACGCCCCCACCUCCUCUGAUGCAACCAUCUGCAAGUAUAAGGACUACAGAGAGCCUCCAUGGGCAGCUGAAGCCUACCAGUUCUCUAAAACCUACUGGGCCGUCCUAGCUGCCAGACUGGCCUUUGUCAUCCUCUUCCAGAACCUGGUGAUGUUCCUGAGCCUGCUGGUUGCCUGGGUGAUCCCGGACGUGCCGAAGAACAUCGGUGAGCAGCUGAAGAGAGAGAAGACUCUGCUGGUGGACGUGUUCCUCCGAGAGGAGAAGGAGAAAUUCCACCUCCUCCAGAGCCUCUUCUCCUCCAAGGACCAGCCCAGCCAGGGUCAACCCGAUACGGCCCAUUUCCGUACUCUACCCUUAGGCCUCUCUCAGGGCCUAGGCCAGCCCUCGGGCGGAGACGGAGGGGAAUCCCGUGCGAGAUGCAGGGCUGCCAGUUUCAGCCAGUUCACCAGACGGAUGUCCGCGUCUCCUAGCAACGACGCGGGCCGACAGAUGUCCAUGUCUCCGAGCAACGACGCGGCCCGACACACAGCGGUCUGACUACGCUACUGUAGCAAUUCAAUGCGAACUUUCUUUAUCCCCACAGGGGACGUUUAGCCACUAGCGUGGUAGCGACAUGGAGUCCCGAAUGCUCCUCUGCGAUCUCUCAACCCCAUGUAGACUUUGUGGUGUUCUCUUUCUGGUAACGGUGAGAUGAUGUAACACGCCGAUCGCGGACUUGUCCUUCUGGACGGAUAAUCUACAUAUUCUUGACCAUUUGUAUGUUUAUUUGCAUAAUGAGAAGUGACUGUAAAGUUAGUUCCUUUCUAAGGGGAAAACUCCUUCAGCCAGAUGGAUUUCUCUGAGAGAGCUUCCCAUGUCUGGAACACACUGCCUUCAGACAUGGGACUGCUCUUUACCACACCUUCACAAAUAACCUGAAGACAUGGCUAAAGGACAGUCAGGUGUGUGAACACAAUCCCAGCUGUAUGGACCUGCUUUCCAUGUUGUCAACAACACAAUCCCCAGCUGUGUGGACCUGCUUUCCAUGUUAUCAACACAAUCCCCAGCUGUGUGGACCUGCUUUCCAUGUUAUCAACAACACAAUCCCCAGCUGUAUGGACCUGCUUUCCAUGUUGUCAACACAAUCCCCAGCUGUGUGGACCUGCUUUCCAUGUUAUCAACACAAUCCCCAGCUGUGUGGACCUGCUUUCCAUGUUGUCAACACAACCCCCAGCUGUAUGGACCUGCUUUCCAUGUUGUCAACACAAUCCCCAGCUGUGUGGACCUGCUUUCCAUGUUGUCUACAACACAACCCCCAGCUGUGUGGACCUCCUUUCCAUGUUAUCAACACAAUCCCCAGCUGUGUGGACCUGCUUUCCAUGUUGUCAACACAAUCCCCAGCUGUGUGGACCUGCUUUCCAUGUUGUCAACACAAUCCCCAGCUGUGUGGACCUGCUUUCCAUGUUGUCAACACAAUCCCCAGCUGUAUGGACCUGCUUUCCAUGUUGUCAACACAAUCCCCUGCUGUAUGAACCUGCUUUCCAUGUUGUCUACACAAUCCCCAGCUGUGUGGACCUCCUUUCAAUGUUAUCAACACAAUCCCUAGCUGUGUGGACCUGCUUUCCAUGUUGUCAACACAAUCCCCAGCUGUGUGGACCUGCUUUCCAUGUUGUCAACACAAUCCCCAGCUGUAUGGACCUGCUUUCCAUGUUGUCUACACAAUCCCCAGCUGUGUGGACCUGCUUUCCAUGUUGUCAACACAACCCCCAGCUGUGUGGACCUGCUUUCCAUGUUGUCAACACAAUCCCCAGCUGUAUGGACCUGCUUUCCAUGUUGUCAACACAAUCCCCAGCUGUAUGGACCUGCUUUCCAUGUUGUCCCCAAAACAUCGUUGGUACUUUUUCUGUCAUUUUGUUUGGUUGCUUUUAGCGUUGUUGCUUUCUGUCUGUCUGUGUUACUGGUUAUAUGUUGCUCUGUCUGUCUGUGUUACUGGUUAUAUGUUGCUCUGUCUGUCUGUGUGUUACUGGUUAUG